CUUUUUCUUCUGUUCAUUUCAAGUUCAAACGAUUGUAUUUCGUCAUACUCGUAUUGUUCGCGGAAGGUAAAAAGUGGGGACAAGGUCACCUUAGCGAACCCUGAACUGUCAGUCCAGUCAGUAGAAUACCGGUGCGACGGCUGCAGCGCGUUCAGUCUGCGUCUUGAAAGUGUCGGAGAAUAGUGUGCUGUCGAGAGAAAAAGAGAGAAAAAAAAAGAGAAUAUUGAGGAUAGAUUGCACGUGCUCGCCCAUAACAUACCGCUACUGCCAUCUGACAACCAACUUACAAAAUGACAACAAUGAAGGAUCAACUUUUAUCGACCGUCACGCAACCGAUCUUAACCGGUAGAAAUAAAAUCACGGUAGUCGGAGUGGGCCAAGUGGGAAUGGCCUGUGCGUUUAGCAUUUUGGCAAAUCACGUGUCAAGUGAUGUAGUAUUGAUCGAUGUAAUGGCGGACAAAUUGAAAGGCGAGAUGAUGGAUUUGCAACACGGCAGUGCGUUUCUGAAAAACGCCAAGAUCAACGCUAGCACAGAUUAUGCCGCGACUGUCAAUUCGAGUCUCUGCAUCGUGACGGCGGGCGCUCGUCAGCGUGAAGGUGAAACCAGAUUGGACCUGGUUCAGCGUAACACCGAUAUCUUCAAAGGCAUAAUUCCUCAACUAGUUAAAUAUAGCCCGAACACUAUCCUCUUGAUCGUUUCCAAUCCGGUGGACAUUUUGACGUAUGUGGCAUGGAAACUUUCCGGCUUGCCGAAGAAUAGAGUAAUCGGCAGCGGUACGAAUUUGGAUUCUGCCCGCUUCCGCUUCUUGUUAUCGCAAAAACUUAACGUCGCGCCAACCUCCUGCCAUGGUUGGAUCAUCGGAGAGCAUGGUGACACAAGCGUGCCCGUGUGGUCUGGCGUGAACGUUGCCGGAGUACGUUUGCGUGAUCUGAACGAGCAUGUAGGCACCGACAAAGACGAAGAGCAAUGGGGUGAGUUGCAUAAACAAGUAGUGCAAAGCGCGUAUGAGGUGAUCAAACUCAAAGGCUAUACUUCGUGGGCUAUUGGCCUCAGCGUUUCGCACCUCGCGUCAGCAAUAUUGAGAAACUCUAAUCAAGUUCACGCCGUCUCCACGUUAGUUACCGGUCUUCAUGGAAUCAAAGAAGAAGUGUUUUUAUCGUUACCUUGCACAUUAGGUGAAGAUGGCGUUACACACAUCGUACAGCAGAAGUUAACAGCCGAUGAGCUUGCGCUGUUGCGUAAAUCUUCGACAACGAUGCACGAGGUGCAAAGAGGCCUAAAAUUUUAAAACUGUAUUACUGUUUAUUUUAAAACUGUAUUACUGUAUUUUAUAUUUUAUUUUACUUGCAUGCUUUGGUGCCACUUUAUAUGAAGUUUUUGCGUAUUUAUAUAUGAGAUAAAAACAGUAUUAUAUACACAUAUAUACGUUUUUGUAAUUUUUAAAAAAGCUUUUUAAAUUUUUGCAUAUAUACUUUAUAUACAUAUAUAUAUGUACACAAAACCUAAAAAAACGCAAAGUACUUUUUGGUGCUAUAUUUAUUUUUUUCUAUUUAAGUUUUAU